AUGAAUUACACAGGCUUUAUCUUAGCUUUGCAGUUUUGCGUCAUUUUGGGUACUCCUCUCAGUGAUAUAGGUACCAGACUUUUAAAUGAAACAGAAAACCUAAAGAAACAUUUUAGUGCAAAUUAUUCAGAUGUAUCAGAUAAUGGGCCUCUUUUCUUGAAUAUUCUGAAGAAGUGGAACAAGGAAAGUGACAAAAAAAUAAUGCAAAGCCAGAUUAUCUCCUUCUACUUCAAACUCUUUGAGAACGUUGCAAGCAACACGACUGUUCAGAGAAGCCUGAAUAUCAUCAAGGAAGACUUGUUUGAAAUAUUCUUCAAUAAAAGCAAGGAGAAAUUGGAGGACUUUGAAAAGCUGAUGGGAAUUCAGGUGAAUGACAUAAAGGUCCAGAAGAAAGCCAUAAAUGAGCUCUUCAACGUGAUAAGUGAUCUGUCACCAAUAUUGGCCCAAAGGAAGCGAAAAAGAAGUCAAAGUCAGUUUCGAGGCCGAAGAGCAUCAAAAUACUGA